AUGCAGAACUAACUUAGGUCUAUACGAAGAUGCAAAUCAAUGAAAAAUGUAAAUCAAGAAUCUAUGAUUGAUUCAAUUAACACACCUAGAGAUUAUGAUGUCUCUCUAUUUAAUUUUGUUGAAAUAAAAAGGUUUUGCGAUAUAUUGUAAAUAUAAAGAUAAAAGGAUAAAGCAUUGAAAUAAUAAUAAAAACGAGAACAUCUUAGGAACCUAUUAGCCAAGAAAUUUAGACUGAUUUAUAAUGUAAUGCGGUUACUACAUCAUCAUGAAAGAGUAAUUUUAGAAAGACAUGAUGAAGGACAAAAGAAGAAAUCUGUUCUUCUUAUAUUUCCAGUAAACUUUGAAUUCAACUAGGGUGAUACAUCUAGAAGAUUUUGGGAUAUCAUAUUAUUUAUAACAUAUAUCUAAACAGCUAUAUAUUUACCAUUAAGAAUAGCAUUUAUGGAUAAAGGAUCAUAAGGAGUGUAUGAAUUAGAUCUAAUAAACGAUAUAAUCUAUUGUAUUGAGUAUCUAUCAAUUUAUAUAGUUACAGACAUACUUUGUAUUAUGAGAUCUUGUUACUAUAAUAGAUAAAAUGUAUUAGUCCAAAAUUAAUGGUUUAUAUUUUUGAAUUACUUGAAGGGUUGGUUGAUUCCUGAUAUCAUUACACUUAUCCCCUUCGAUUCAAUUUAUCAGUAAUAACUUAUAAAAUUGUUAGUUUUCAUGUUUAAUAUCAUAAAUUUCCUAGAUUUUUAAGAGUAUUUCGUAUCAAUCGUAUAUUUAAAGUAUCAACAUUUCAUUAAAACAAAUAGUAAUUAUUUUAUAUUUAUAGUUUUUGUUUUUAGUAAUUGGGAAAAUGUUUUUAAUAUAUUUAACUCUUAUUAGUUAAACAUCUUUAGGAUUAUAGUAAAAUUCAUUUAUGGAUUACAUCUAUUUUCUUGUCUUUGGUAUCUAGCAUCAAAUAUAAAUGAUGUAUAAUACUAAGAGGAUUAAGAUUACUAAGGAUUAAUUAAUUCAAAUUCAGAAUACAUUAAUUGUUUAUUUUGGGCUCUACAAACCUUUUCAACUAUAGGUUAUGGAAAUGAUGCUGCUAAAAAUUAUUCAUAAUAUAUAGUAGCUAUAUUAUGGAUGUUUUUGGGUGCAUCAUUUUAUUGUGUGAUAUUAUUAAAUCUAUCAGAAUGGUUAAAGAAACUUAAUUCAGAAUCAGUAUAUGUAGAAAUGCAAAAUACUUUGAAAUUAUUUUUCAAAAAAAUUGAAGUCAUAAAAGAAGUUCAAACUAAAAUAUAAUUGUAUUUAUCAUUAAACAUUAAAUAAAAUUAAGCAUGGUCAUUAAGUUUAUAAGAAUGGUUUCAAAAUUUACCAAUAAUUAGAUAAAAAGAAAUUACUCUUUAUGUUUCAUAUAUUGAAAUGAUGUAGAUUCAUUUUUUUCGGUUAAAUCUUAAUUUUUCUGUAUCUAUUUUACCGAAGAUGAUGUUAAUGAAAACUUAAUAAAAUUGUAAAAUAUGGAUUAAAGAUGAGGUAGUAAAUGAAAUUUAUUUUCUAAUUAGAGGUAAAUUAUAAUAUAGAACUUAAUUUGGAAAAAUACUUUUACAAAUAGAUGAAGGAUCAGUUUUUGGAGAACAAGAGUAUUUUAAAAAACUUAAAUUAUCAAAAUAACACACUAGAAAAAACUAUGCUGUUGCAAUUGAAUUAUGUGAAUAUAUUAUAUUAAAUGGAGACUAUUUCUUUUAAUAAAUUAGCUCAUUCCCAGCAUUACGUUAGUAUUUAGGAAUCAUUGCUCAUAAUAGAGAAUAAAGAAUGAAAGCUCAAAUUAUUUAUAAUAGAUUUGAAAGAGAAAGGGAAAUUAUUAAUACUUUAAAACUUGAAAAGAUUAAAGAAACAUGUAAUAUUGAUGUAACAAGAUAUAAAGGAAUGAUUAAACCAUUAAAAUCUAUUAUUUAUGAUACUUAGCAAUCAAGAACUUAGUAAGUACUUGAAUAACUAAUUCAUAAUAGAAGGAAUAAAAUUGAUAAAUUAAUGUAGUAAUUUAAAAAAGUUGUUUAGAUGAUCAUUUUUGCAAAUAAAUUAAUUGAAAAACAAUAAUUACAUGUUACUAAAGUACAUCCACUUAUGAUUUUUCAAUAAUAAUAAACAUAAACAACUUUGAAAACAUAAUCAAAUGAAUCCAGAAUAUUUGUAUAAAAAUAAUAAUAAUCAAUUAAUAAAACUUAUUAAAAUCAAAAUUUAAAAAAUGAAAAAAAAAUAGUUAUUUAAAUGAAAUAAUUUACUAAUGCAAGUUACAGAAGACGUAAAUAAUAAAUUAGUAAUAAAAUAUGGAUUCACAAUUAAAGUAAAAAGUAUGUCUUAUAAUAAAUGUUCAGAGUCAAAUGUUCAAGAUAAUAAAUUGAAAAAACUUAUAGCUUUUAAGAUUAUGCUAUUUAAGUUGAUGAUUAUUCACAUUAUGAAAGAUAAUUGAAAAUUUUCAGAAAUAAUUUUUAGGAUCUUAAAAGCAUGAAAAAAUAAAUCAAACAAUAUAAAGAACUAUUGAAAAAUUAAAUAAGAGACUUAGAAAAUGAACUACUUAAUGUAUGUACUUAAAUUGAAAAACUAGAAUUAAAAGAAUGA